AGAGAGUGAGGAUUCCCCCUCUCUCUCUCUCUCUCUCUCUCUGGUCUCUGGUCCUACAGGGAAUUGUCAUCAGGAUCUCAACCUUCCGGCAGGAACAUGAGGAGCGUCUCAGCGUUAUUCCCAACUUUCUUCACCCUCUCCCUAAUUACACAGAGCUGCUGUUCAGUUCACUGGUGUUAUGAUUCACAGAGCCAGUCAUGUGGACCUAAACACUGGAAAGAAAUACAAAGUACCUGUGGAGGCAAAAGCCAAUCUCCUAUCAACAUUGACAUGAGUAACGUAGACAGGGAUAACAAUCUACAACAUUUCGUUUUUGAAGGGUACAGCACAGUACCUCCAGGACAAUGGUCUAUCGCUAACAAUGGACAUUCAGUUCAGGUAACACUGGAUACAAACGUGUCUAUCAGUGGUGGAGGCUUGGUGGGUAAAUACAAAGCACUGCAGCUACAUUUUCAUUGGGGAAACGGCUUGAGUUAUGGCUCAGAACACACUAUCAAUAAGAAGCAGUAUCCAAUGGAGCUUCACAUCGUCCACAUGAGUGAGAGGUACACGGAUAUCCGUGAUGCAUUGAAGAAAACGGACGGAUUAGCAGUUCUGGGAUUUAUGCUUGAGGUGACUGAGACUGAUAACCCCAACUACAACACGCUCACUGAUGUGCUGGAGAAAGUGUCACACCAGGGUGACAAGGUGUGGCUGUCCUCUACCUUUCAACUCAACAGCAUCCUGCCCAAGGUGGCCAGACUCUCCCAGUAUUACCGUUACCAGGGCUCCCUGACCACACCCAACUGCUCAGAAGCUGUGGUUUGGAGCGUGUUUGAGGAGCCGAUCAGCAUCAGCAAAGCACAGUUGAUAAAGUUUGCAAACACUCUGUACUUCUCAGCCCGCGGAGAGUCUGAACAGAAAAUGCAGAAUAACUUCAGGUCUCCACAGCCUCUGAACGGCAGGAGAGUGUCUGCCUCAAAAGAUGCCACCAUCAACAGCUGCCCAGUCCACACCUCCAGCCUCCUCUCUGUCGUGUUGGUGCUGGGGCUGGGGCUGGGGCUCAGGAUCAUGCUGUGACCACACGCCAUGCUGACUGUGGGAGUCGCAAGCCGCUCUCACUGUUCUCAGGUCACAUCAGGGGUAGACAUGUUUUGUAACACUUUAUCUUCACUGUGGAACUAUCGCUCCCGCCCGACUCCUCACCUCACCAUCUUAGGUUCGGCAGCUCAUCAAACAGUUCUCUCGAACAAUAUUGAAGACUAUCAUUCGGCAUUAAAGGAAAACUGUAAAAGGUCUUUCCUGGAAUGCAUUGCCUGAAAGGCUGGUGGAAGCCGAUUCAAUAACAACUUU